CGGCUACAAUGUUGCGAGGAACAAUCAGGCCGUAGUGACAUAUAGACCGGCACAUCCGUAUCACCCCUCCCACGCCCACACGAGCGCGCCCAGACACACACGCGCGCUUCAACCGUUCUUAUUAUACUUCAGUGGCUCCAACAUACUAGGAAUUUCUGCUCAGCACCCAUGGCUCCCCAUUAGAUGCUCAAAGCGGCUGUUGUCAGAACGAAUUAUAUCUGCACUACUGCUGCUUACUUCUGACCUUGCCUGCCUCUGGUAGGGUUUUGAAUAUUUGAUUCAGUAUUCAUGUGCUCUAUCCCCAAUGGCUACAUCCGAUGGAAAUGGAAUAGAUGUCUGUCUUCUGCAUAGAGGCAGAUCUCAAAGUGACCCAAACCUACUCACAGAGUCCGGCAUCGAUCUAGUGCACAGCACAGUGGAGGUGAUGGACCAUCAGAGGGUGCUGCAUACUGGCUGCCUGGUGUCGGGGGUCCACACCCCGCCCAUCCGCCGCAACAGCAAGCUGGCCAGCCUUGGGCGCAUCUUCAAACCCUGGAAGUGGAGGAAAAAGAAAAACGAGAAGCUGAAGCAGAGCUCCACAGAUGUGGCAUUGUCCAGUGGGUGCAUCUCUCCCGAGCCCGGCUCCCCCUUGCAGGGCUCCUCAGACGGGACAGGCAUGUUGGGGAGUUUUGGGGGGUCUCUCAGCGCCACUCUCACGGUCAGCAGUGUGGAGUACCUGGGCCCAGAGGAGGAACUCCCCCCGCCAGCGGCUGCGCCUCCAGAGGAUUGUGAGCCAGAGGAGGAGAGCAGUCAGAAAACAGAAGAGGAGGGAGAAGAGGAGGCGCAGCCUAGUGCCGAUGCCUCCGACGAGGUCCAGGAGGGCAUAGAGGAGACGGAGGAGAGACUAGAAGAGGAAAUACCUAGAGGAACCACGCCACCUCCAGUAGCGGCCAAACCGGUGAUGCCACAGCUGAGCAGUAGCGAGGACCCAUCCCCUGUGUCCUCACACUUGGCCAACUCUUUCCUGCCUAAGGAGCCCUCCAGGGUUCCCGAGAGCCUGGCCCCCAUGGUGUCCCUACGAGGGCCCCACUCCAACCCCUCAGGGUCUCCUCACCUCACCAAUAUUAUGCACCCUCCAAUGCCCCCUAGCUGUAUCAUGGAAGAACUACAACGAGCCUUUGCCUCAAAGGCGAAUCGGCAAGAAAGUGUGCAUGGGCCUGCUGAGCCGUGCUCGCCCCCUUGGCGGCGAUCUGACGGGCGGAUCUCUCGCUCCUCCAGCUCGGAGAAUCAGUCGGUGGCGGGUGGUGGCUUUGUCGACUGGCUCCACCAAGCGGAGAGGAAGAUGGAGGCAGAGGAGAACAAGGAGAACGUGCGGCUGGACCAGUGCUUCUCCGACAGCUCGGGCCUCCCCCAUGAUCAGGACGACUGGAACGACUCUGUCAUCUCCGGUACACUACCUCGCAGGCUAAGGAAGGAGCUGUUGACGGUGAAGCUUCGGAAUCGGCCCAGCAAGGAGGAGCUGGAAGACCGGAAUAUCUUCCCGGCACGGACCGAACAGGAGCGUCAGGAUAUACGCCAGCAGAUCGAGAUGAAACUCGCCAAGAGACUCAGCCAGAGGCCGAACGUUGAGGAGUUGGAAAGCCGGAAUAUUCUGAAACAGAGAAAUGACCAGACCGAACAAGAGGAGAGGAGGGAAAUCAAACAGCGGCUCAACAGAAAGCUCAAUCAGCGGCCCACAGUCGACGAACUACGGGACCGAAAGAUUCUCAUCCGCUUCAGCGAUUAUGUCGAGGUGGCCAAAGCUCAAGAUUAUGACAGGAGAGCAGACAAGCCCUGGACCAGGCUUUCGGCAGCUGACAAGGCGGCUAUCCGAAAAGAGCUGAACGAGUUCAAAAGCACUGAGAUGGAGGUGCAUGCCUCCAGCAAGCACCUUACGAGGUUCCACAGGCCAUGAAUACGAAGGGGAGAUACUUCUAUGAAGAAAUACUGCUGAGCCUAGAAUUUUCGGUUGCUGCGUCGGCAGCGGUUAGAAAACUGCCGGAGCACUUAAAGCCAUUCUUCCAGAGCCCGGUCCUUUGUCUGCAGGGUGUCCUCGAUUCCUCCAGCACGCCCCUGGCCUUCAUCGAUAGGAGGGGUGGACGGAUGGUGAUGUUUGGGUGUGUGGCAGUGAAUCCCACUGUGGGAGCUGCCUGGAGGCAGAAUACUAAAGACGGAACCCCGGACUCCGUCUGUCUGUCUGCCCAUCGGUUAAGAUGGAGCCGAGGGAAGAACAAUCUACUUCGGUCUGUGUGCGUGUGUUUUUUUUAACAGUCUCCUUUGAGAUGGUGGCAAACCCGUACGAGGAAGAUGACGGUUGUGCAUGUGACCAGCUUCACCUUUUACAUAAAAAAUAAGUGUCACUGGGGGGGGGGGGGGGGACUGUGGUCGGUCAGGGGUAGAUUUUGUACCAACUGUAUAUAUGUCAAUCUGAACCGGACUGUCAAUGUCUUUACUGAAAAUAGAAAACCUUUGUAAGCACUACUUGUCUUCAAAAUACAAGGUCUUUAAAAACA